GGACGAUCGCAGAUAAUUUCUUUAGGGCGAAACUAUUGUUUUUCGGCCAUAAGGGCGUUCGACAGCUGAGGUUUAAAGAGUUGCACUCUCGUUAUUCGUGAAGUGGGGUGCGUGUCGUCUACCACCGUCGGGGUCAUCAUGAUGUCGUUUGCGGUGUCCUCGGUGCUCCUAGGUUACCUGGUCACCGUUGCUCAUGGCGCGGUACAAUACCACCAGCUGAUCAAAUGCAGCCAAAACUACAGUGCCGAGAUCAUGGGCUUGGUAACCAGGGACGCAAUCAUCGGCCACCAGAUGAUGGCCAAGAUUAAGCUUCGUGUCUACGACACCAUCCGUAAGGAUCUCAAGCUGAGGGUGGCACUCUUCACUCCUCGAGGCACAGUCGUGCCGUGUAUAGAACGCUUCGGCUCCUGCGUGUAUGACGUUUGUGAAAACGUGCCGGACCACAAGGUGACAAUGUGGACGACGAAGUGUCCCGUCCCGCCCGGAACCUACUGGCGCAACUUUGUCUUCCGAGUUUCACCUAAACUGGAAAAGCAUAUCGGCAAUGGAAAUCUCAUCGCAGCUAUGAUGUUGGAGAGCAAAGGCACGAAGCUUUCAUGCCAAGCCCUACACUUGAGGGUUUUCAAGACCAGGCCGACAACAGACAUUUGGGAUUAGAAUGUCUCAUCAGCGAAGAAACAGCGGCGCGUGGAGUUCUGUAUUGUGAAUUCAGAGGAAUAAAGAGAAUAUAUUCGGAUGGCAA